UCUCUCUCUCUCUCUCUCUCUCUUCUCUCUCCAGUCCAAUCUCACCCAUCGCCGACGACCCACGCACGCAGUCCACCAACGCGCCGCCGCCGCCGAAUCCGCUUCGCUCCCUCCGCCGCGCCGCGCGCCACCUCCGUCGACGCUGGCCCGACGCGCGCGGUUCGUGAAGGAGGAGGAGGAGGAGGAGCUUCUGCCGGGUCGGACCGUCGGUUUCUCUCGUUGACCUGCAGGAGGGUGCGCAGGGUUUCUUCUUCGACAUGUCUUGGGCUGCAAUCGAGAAUGAUCCUGGCAUUUUUACUGAACUGUUGCAACAGAUGCAACUGAAGGGUCUUCAAGUUGAUGAACUCUAUUCACUCGAUCUGGAUGCCCUCAAUGAUCUUCAGCCAGUUUAUGGGCUCAUUGUGCUGUACAAAUGGCAACCUCCAGAAAAAGAUGAGCGUCCUAUCAAGGACCCAAUCCCAAACCUUUUCUUUGCUAAGCAGAUAAUUAACAAUGCAUGUGCCACCCAAGCUAUCGUUUCUGUUCUAUUAAACUCUCCGGGUAUCACCCUUAGUGAGGAGCUCAAAAAGCUAAAGGAGUUUGCAAAGGACUUGCCACCAGAUCUCAAAGGAUUGGCUAUAGUCAAUUCUGAGAGCAUCCGUUUGGCCAGUAAUUCAUUUGCAAGGCCGGAAGUCCCCGAGGAGCAGAAAUCAUCUGUCAAGGAUGAUGAUGUCUACCAUUUCAUUAGCUAUGUUCCUGUGGACGGUGUCCUGUAUGAGCUUGAUGGGCUAAAGGAAGGGCCAAUAAGCCUGGGGAAAUGCCCAGGUGGCGUUGGCGACAUAGGUUGGCUGAGGAUGGUGCAGCCUGUCAUUCAGGAACGCAUCGAUCGGUUCUCUCAGAAUGAGAUAAGGUUCAGCGUCAUGGCUAUCCUAAAGAACCGGAGGGAGAAGUUCACUUUAGAACUCAAGGAGCUUCAGAGGAAGAGGGAGAACCUCCUGGCACAGAUGGGUGAUCCUUCCGCCAAUAGGCACGCGCCAUCUGUUGAGCACUCUCUUGCGGAGGUUGCUGCUCAUAUUGAGGCUGUAACAGAGAAGAUCAUAAUGGAGGAAGAGAAGUGGAAGAAGUGGAAGACAGAGAACAUCAGGAGGAAGCACAACUAUGUGCCAUUCUUGUUCAAUUUCCUCAAGAUUCUUGAGGAGAGGCAGCAGUUGAAGCCCCUGAUAGAGAAGGCGAAACAGAAGUCUCACAGCUCUGCUAAUCCUAGGUGAAAUCAACUGUUAUUUGUCUCGAUUGCCGUGGUUUUUGUCAAUGUAGAGAUGGCUGACUAGCCUUUUGUUUUCGCGGUAGUGUUUGAACCAUGUGAUGAUUAUUAUCUUUAGUUAUAGAUAUUCGGUCGAAUUUAGAUGAAAUUCAGGCGAAUGUCCCUUGAAAUAGACUGUCUUAUCAGACUACAUGUGUACACUGGAGGGUCAUUCCCUAUUGCAUCCGUGUAGAUCUUGUCCUUCCUUUGUCACAUUAUAAAUAAUCUAAUUGACGGCCUAAAGCCUCACAUCAUGCCAUAAUCUAUUUUUUUUGUCAGA